AUGUAUCUGGCGUAUUGUUUGGCUGGCAUUAUGUUGGUCAGAGUGAAAAUUGAUGUGCAAGGUUCGACCCGCAAUUCUAUACACAUGUUUGAAAUGGAAUAUUGUGUAUAUGUAUGCUACAAAUAUUUAGAAAAAAAUCUUAAUAUACUUUAG